AUUAUUAGAUGUUCAAGAAUGAAGAAUUUGUUUCCCUUUGAAAAGCUACGGGAUCUUCACGUUCAUGAUUGCAAAGAGUAAUAGCAUUGAAAAGGAGGAAGGAAAUCAAACAAUGGAUGGAAGACCUACAUUCACUCUUCCAAAAUCAACAUGCUUUGGGACUUACACGAUGAAACAGAAUUGAAGAGAAUCUGCUUGAGCAAUGUUUUAUUAUUAUUUUUUUUUUGGGGGCCUCAACUCUGAUUCAGCGUUGCUGAUUCAAAUCUCACUGAAGUUUUGGCACUACCUGCAGCACUCUAAAUUUUUGCAAUUUACUUCUUUUUAGUAAAAUAAAGUGAUCCAUCAGUUACUGUGUCAUGGUCGCAAUAAAUUGUUAAUUAAUUGCUUGCACUUUUCCAUCCAACAUUAAGUGGUUUUAGAUUCAAUUUUAGAGGAUUUAAUAUUGUCUUUUCUCCAAUGUGGUCAUUAAUGGAUGUCAUGGCUGUUAUUUGUUUACUUGAUCAUUGGUACCAUGUUUUCUCCAUACUGGCUGAGGGACUCUCCAACCUUAUGGCAGCAAGUUUGCUUGAAGAAUUGGCCAUUGGGAUUUCUUUGUACAAGGAUGAGAUUAAUGGCAGUUAUAUGAAUGUAUAUGACCUGCUGGUUCCUCAAUAGGGUACAAUGCGGCUGUGCUGUGGAAUCGGGUCCUCUUAGAGUUGGCAGAAUUGGAAUUCGCCUUUGUUUCAAUAAAUAUGAUUGAAAUAGAGAAGCCAAUAAUCUGCUUUUUGUGGAAUCCCUGGUUAGAGUUGUGUUUUGAACCAAUAUGCCUUCUGCUGUCACCAAGUUUGUGGGUUUAUUUGACAAGAAAGAAAGUUUCUCUUGGACUUAGCCCCUCUUGGACUUAGCCCACAGUGCCCAUAAUUUCCUAUUGAACUGGCUUCAAAGAUAUCCACCAAUCAAAACCCAAGAUUUCUUCAUGUAAGGAGGGAGUUUCGCAGGCAGCCACCAUGUACCAUAACUUGUGGAGCAGGGUUUGUCUAUGAUCAACACAAGGACAUACAAAUAUACUUAAUCAUCUCAAAGGUUUUAUGGUAGGCAAUCCAGAAGCCGAUUAUUAUUAUGAUUAUAAUAAUAGUGCCUUGCCAAGAUAUGCUUGGACCUGUUAUGUGAGACCAAACCAGCUCUACUUCAAAUCCAAACAAGUGUAGUCUUCAAAGUCUCCAUACUAAUUUGCCUGACCUUGAUGAGUGCAACAAUUUCAUGAACAAAGUCUUUGAAGAAUAUACAGAGAUGGACAUUUUCAGAAAAAAGAGAGACAUCAUCAACGAUUUCUCUUGGAUCCA